GCGAACUCGGUUCAAAUCCUUAGUGAUCAUGUAGUUAAUUGGGCAGCGGAGUCACGUUCUCUCAGCGAGAGAAGUUACAUGGCUAUUAAGAAACCGCCAACGCAGAACUUUCCCCAUCCAGGAGCCUCAGGAUAAGGGGAGGAACGAAGCGGAGGGGGCGUGACGGCGAAGAGCGCCCCAGAAGAGCUGGGAACGAAGGUCAGGUGUGCAGAAACGCGCAGUGCUGCCGGCGGGGUUCCUGGAUAUGGCGCUGCUGGUGGUCAUGGGUGUCAGCGGCUCCGGGAAAUCCACUGUGGGUUCACAUCUGGCUGAUAAGCUGGGAUGGAAAUUCUAUGAUGGUGAUGAUUAUCAUCCAGAAGAGAACAGAAAGAAAAUGGAAAAAGGAAUCCCCCUGAAUGAUCAGGACAGGAUUCCAUGGCUUUGCCACUUGCAUGAUAUAUUAAUGAGGGAGCAUGCCUCUGGGCAGAACACAAUUUUAGCCUGCUCAGCUCUGAAAAAAAGGUACAGGUGCAUUUUAGAAAAUGGAGAAGCUGGUACAAAUUGUCAGAAUUCAAGUGGUCGAGAGGAGCCUGCAUCACAAAAGAUCCUUUUUAUCCACUUAGAUGGACCUAUGGAACUCAUUGCUCACCGCUUGGAAAAAAGGAGGGGGCAUUUUAUGCCACCUGAGCUACUAAAAUCUCAGUUUGAUGCUCUUGAAGCUCCAUCUGCACCAGAAAAUUUUAUCACUGUCAGCCUGGAAAAGCCUGUUUCAGAAAUAGUAUCUAUAAUAGAAGAAUAUGUUAGAAACAGAUAUGGAUAGUUCUUCCAGGUCGGUUCUUAGUUUAUAGGACAAACUCAAGCAAGAUUUGUUACCCUUUAUAAGAGUUUCUUUACUUUCAUUGAACAAUACAUAUUGGUGAAUUAACUUUAUUAAACAUAUGAGAUGAGCUGCAUA